UGUAAGACAGGUGCCUUCAGUUCAUUCUCAGUAAGGGGGCAGUUCCCAGAGUGAGAGCAAGUGGACACCAAGUGGAUUUUUUUUCUUGAUUUUUUUGUGUGUGCCGUCAUUCAGUGGCUGGAUGGCGUGGGACAGGUGUAACCAGGACUCUGUAUGGAGAGAAUUAGAGUGUGCUGCCUUGGUUGGUGAAGACCAGCCUCUCUGCUCCGACCUCCCAGAGCUUGACCUUUCAGAGCUAGAUGUCAGUGACCUUGAUGCUGAUAGUUUUCUGGGAGGACUCAAAUGGUACAGUGACCAAUCAGAAAUCAUUUCCAGUCAGUAUGGCAGUGAACCUUCAAAUCUGUUUGAGAAGAUAGAUGAAGAAAAUGAGGCCAACUUGCUGGCAGUUCUCACCGAGACCCUGGACAGCCUCCCGGUGGAUGAGGACGGAUUGCCUUCAUUCGAUGCUCUGGCAGAAGGCGACGUGACCAACACCAGUGAUCAGAGCUGCCCAUCCUCACCUGAUGGCUCUCCUCCCACACCAGAAGCAGAGGAGCCAUCUCUACUAAAGAAGCUCUUGCUGGCACCAGCUAACUCCCAGCUCAGUUAUAAUCAAUACACAGGUGGCAAGGCACAAAAUGAGGCUCCUAGUAAUCAAAGGAUCAGACCAACACCUGCUGUUGUCAAGACAGAAAACCCAUCCUGGAAUAAUAAGCAGAGGGUCCCCUGUCAGCAGCAGCAGAAGCCCACACGACGCCCUUGUGCCGAGCUUCUCAAAUACCUAACAGCCAGUGACGAGACCAUCCAGACCAAAGCCUGCGAGCAGAAAAGCGGUGGGGGUAGCAGCAGCAAAGUAAAAAGCGGAGGUGCCUCUUCAUCCUCAUCCUCUGUUGCCUCCUCCUCCUCAUCCUCUUCUAAGAAGAAGCCAGUUCAUCCCUCUCAGCAGCAGCUGCAUCACCAGCGAGCCCUUAGGAACGGCCAUGGCAAUUCCCGCGUCAAAAGGGAACGCACGCAAUCCAGUGAAGAAGGAAGGCCGCCAGGUCAGCAACCUGCCCUGGAUGCUGGGGUCCUGGCAGCCGCUAGAUUCAUUAGGUACAUGCAUUCUUAUUCUCUCCGUCCUAGAGAGAAAGAUCCGUCAGGCAGGUGCGAGCAGUGUUAUGAAGAGUACAGAAACCAAAGUACUUUAGGUAGCACCCAUCGGAGAAGGGAUGAAUUUGACAGGCCCAUUCCAGGGCAUGUAAAAGUGACCAUUAAGAAAAGAGAAGAUCUCGGAGUUCGAUUGCAUGGGGAGAUGCAGAACUCUAAACAACAACAGUAUAACUGUCGGGCCCAGAAACGUAGUCCACCGUUACCGACCGAGACAGAGAGGGAAGAGAUUAGGAGUGCUCGCCAAGUAGGUCUUCGCAGCGUCCCCAUGAAGAAGAAACGCCCAAGCAAGAGCGGUGAGAGAACGGAGAGGCGAGCAUGCAGCCCAGACAGAGCUGUCAGGAAAUGGGCUGCUCAACCCAGUCUCCAGUCCCUGCUUCUGGAAGGGGUAGGCGUUGAUCGCUGGGGUAGUGAGACAGAUGAAGAGAUGGCGCGGGAAGCGAAAGGCAGGGCGGAGCAGGUCUGCUGUGGUGGGAAUGGUGGCCACAAUCAUGUCAUGGGCAGCCCCAUGCAGCUCUCACUGGGCCCCCCAAGCUCCCUCUUCCCGGACUCUAUUAUUCCAAUAGGAGACCUCACACCCUCCGUCACACAAGAGCACCACCUUUACAGGCAGGCAUUCUGCAAGUACCAAGAUGACCAGGUCCUCCCCCUGUUAGCCAAACCAACCACCUUGCCACUUCCUUUGACCCCAGAGUCUCCAAAUGACCAAAAAGGAUCUCCAUUUGAGAACAAAAGCAUUGAACGGACAUUGAGUGUGGAGCUCUCUGGAACAGCAGGUCUGACACCACCUACCACUCCUCCACACAAGGCCACUCAAGAAAAUCCUUUCAAACCUUCAGUCAAGCCCAAGUUGUCUUCAUGCAGCUCCUCAGCUCAAGCAAGUAAAAGACCUCACUACAGUGAUUCUGCUGUUUGCCCCUCUAUCAAAAAGGGUCCAGAACAGACUGAGUUGUAUGCCCAGCUUAGCAAAGUCUCUGCAUUACCUGCAGGGCAGGAGGACCGCAAAAGCAAGCGCUCCACUCUGCGUCUGUUUGGUGAUCACGAUUAUUGCCAGUUUGUAAGCACAAAAAGAGACAUUUCCCUGGCCUACUCAGUGGAAUCUCAGGAUGGGAGGCAACUGGAAUGUUGGGACUUGGUCUUGUCUCCCUCCUCUUUGGCUGUGCAGCAGCAGAAUUACUCUUCGCCUGACCAGGACCUCUGGUGCAACAGGGAAGGCAAACAGCUGCAGACAUAUCAAAACAGGCAGCAGGCUAACAGCAGGAAGCCGCUCCGAGACCAAGAGAUCAGGGCGGAACUCAACAAGCACUUUGGUAACCCAAAACAAGCCAUUUACAAUGAGGAUGAAAAGGCUGGCCCCCAGCAGAGAGAUGAAAGUGACUCUGAAUAUUACUACAAACUGACUGACUACGUGCACCCAGGCCUGCCCAUGGAAGGGGUUUUCGACGACAGCGAGGAUGAGAACGAGAAGUUUCUCUACCCCUGGGAAGGGACCCACCUGGACUUGUUGUUUGGGGGUUCUCCAUCCUGUUCGCCUUCCAGUUGCUCCCCUUCAAGGAGCUCUGUCUCCCCUCCCAAAUCCCUCUUCUCUUCCCAGCGCUGUCACUGGUCCAGGUCAGCGUCUCACUCCAGGUCCCGGUCGCGAUCUUCGUCUUGCCACCGGCGGCGGUCUUACUCCCGAUCUCCUUACUCACGCUCCAGAUCAAGGUCCCCCUACAGCCGGUCCUCCUCACGGUCUCAUCACUGUGUGGAUUCCAGCAACACUAGACCAAGGUCUCGCAGAAGCCCACCCAUACAUUCAAGAUCACAGUCUAGAUCCCCCUUCAGUCGGAGGCCAAGGUACGACAGCUACGAGGAGUACCAACAUGAGCGACUUAAGAGGGAGGAGUAUCGACGAGAUUAUGAAAAACGCGAGUUUGAAAGAGCCGAACAGAGAGAGAGGCAGAGGCAAAAGGCAAUUGAGGAGAGACGCGUGGUGUAUGUGGGAAGACUAAGGCCUGACAUUACCCGGACGGAACUGAAGCGCCGCUUUGAAGUGUUUGGUGAAAUCGAAGAGUGUGCAGUCAAUUUGAGAGAUGACGGGGAUAAUUUUGGCUUCAUCACCUACCGCUACACUUGUGAUGCUUUUGCUGCUCUGGAAAAUGGACACACCUUACGCAGAUCUAAUGAACCUCAGUUUGAGCUGUGCUUCGGUGGACGAAAGCAGUUCUGCAAAUCAAAUUAUACAGACUUGGAUUCCCAUUCUGAUGACUUUGAUCCAUCAUCCACAAAGAGCAAGUAUGACUCCAUGGAUUUCGAUAGUUUGCUGAAAGAAGCACAGCGCAGCCUGCGAAGGUAACAAGCACCAAACCUGCCACUGACAGAGGGAUUCGUAAUACCUCAUGGAUGUUUUGUCCUUCAGCUGAGACUGAGAAGUUUUACACUCUAUGUACGAUGAAAAAAUAAAGAUUAAAAAAUGAAGUUUACAUGAGCAAAGCUGCUGAAGAGUCAAGAAGAGACAUUAUCGAUGCAGAGAGCCGACAAAUCUUUAUGUAUGAACAAAGAUACAGUGCUUCACAAAAAAAGAAAAAUAAUAGAAUGGAUGAUCUUCCAUGUUCCACAAUACCAACAGCUUUGUGACUGGUAAAAAAUGUGCAGCUUGUUCAGUUUUUUUUGUUUUUAUCUGAUGUGUGGAUGUGGUGUUACAUUACUAAUAAGAGUUGGGGGUAUUUCAGAUAACAUUAUCGCCUACAUUUGGCAAAAAUGUAGUAGUAUAUUUACAGAUAUUAUAUGGAAUAUUUUUAUUUUGUGUACAUAUCUGAGAAAGUUCUUUAUUUGUUACAGCUAUGCACUGUACAAUGCAGCCUUCUUUUCAAUGAUGCUGAAAUUUUCUUAAUCAAGAAUGUUGACCUGUAGUUAAUGACAAUGAAGCAAGACAAACAUUGUCCCCUGUCAUAUUUAGAGGAUGUGCUUAUAUGAUUGCAUAUAGAUGUGUGUGGGUGAUUUUUUUUUAGGGAGAUGGAGUCAAAGGUUCGUCUGAGCAGAUUGUGGUGAAGAAGUUGUUGUUACCCAUGUCUAAUGUUUGUAUAAGUGUUCUGUUUUUAAAGUUUCAUGGUCAGUUUUUUUUUCUCUAUACAGUACAACCAGUGUAAAAUACUUUUUUUGAGGUAUAUUUUCAUAAUUGUAUAUAAGACCUCAAGAGGUCAAGAAUUUAACAUUGUUUUUCACUCAUACAUGCAUUAAUUCUGAAUCAUUACGCAUAAAAUAUGUAGAUAAGCAUCUGAAAUCCAUGUUCUCUAUACCUGUACAUCACUACAGUACUAUUUUUUAUGCAUUGACCACUUUUGGAGAAGAGCCUCUUCAGUGAAACCUACAGUAAAUCUUUUGAUAUUUUUUCCAGUGCCCUAUUUAUCUAUUUAUUUUUAAUUAAAAUAUUUAUAUGGUCUUCACAACACAAGAAGAACCUUAUGAAAUUGACUAUUUAUUUUAUUUAAUUAUAUUCUGAAAUAUAAUAUCAGGGGGGAGAAAGUGUACAAUGCAUAAAUAUUAAGGCUGCUUCUUUUUUAUGCCUUUUAAAACUGAUUGGCGCAUUCGACAGAUCAGUUCUUAAGGGGAACUCUAAAAAAAUCUGCUUUUCUUCGGUUGGUCUGUGUGUUGUCUCUAAAGCAGGGCUGCUCAACCUACAGCCUUUCCAAUGCAGUUUUUUGCAAAGUGUUGCUUGAUCAAGCUCUGUAAUUAUUUGAUAACCAGUAAGACUGAUGUGUUCCACAGCAUAAGUAGCCCUGGUCCAAGUUGUCUCUUGUCUACAGCUAUGAAGAGCUUCCUUUUUGUGUCUGAAUUAGUUUUCUUUUUUACAAGUAGUCAUAAAGCAAUAAAAGGUUUUUACAGGUACUUGGUUGUACUAAUACACUCUGCUCCUGCCAUCAUUUUGUAGUUUUAAAAAAAGUACAGGUAUUUCAGCGCUUGAUUAUGUGAACGCCAAACAAAAGUUUACAAUUUUUCUUUCCUGGAUUUUUAAAUCUUCUCUUUGUUGUAAAAAAGAAUAAUAAUAAUGAUGAUG